GACGUACUCUGGAUUGUGCUGUGAACCUCUAGGUAAAAACAUGAGGCUUUUACAGAUUUGGUUGGGCAUGACGAUAGUGCUUUACAUAAUUACUGGUUUUGAAGAAAAGCUGUUGUUUUCGACUUCUUCUGGAAAAAUAAAAGAAUUGAAUAUAAAAAACGGGAAAGUGAUAGUACUUGGUAAUGCAGAAAGUAAGGUAUUUGUACUUGCAUACGAUAAUGAAGAAAAAUAUGUGUAUGUUCCAAGACAGACUCAGGGGCAAAUAAUAAGAUUUCCUUAUCCAAGUAAUCAAACCACUGAGUUUGAAAUUGUUGUCUCGGAAAUUGAUCCUGGCGGGAUCGCAUUUGACUCCGAACAUAGUCAUCUAUACUGGACUGAACCUAUGGAAGGAAAGAUAAUGAGAUGUAAUACAGAUGGAUUAAAUAAAACCAGAAUUUGUAAUGACACAGUCGAACCUGCUGCACUUACAAUUGACAAAGGACAUAGAUGGAUGUACUUUGGUCAAGGCAUUCCCAAUGGAACAAUACACAAAUUAUCACUGGAAGGUGAGGGACACCAUAUUAUAAAUGACCAGGCAUCGUGGGUGUUUGGUAUACAUGCAGACGAUACCCGACUUUACUGGAUGGACAAUUCAAUGGGAGAUUUAAAAUCAGCUUGGUUUGAUGGGACCGAUAUUCAGACGAUAGUUAGCACCAAUUCCUUUAAGCUGAACGGGGACAUCGAUGUCAACGAUGAGUUCAUCUUCUACACAAGCAGUACACAAAUUUUGAAAAUAAACAAAAAUGCAGGAGAAGUUCCUAUUGUUUUGCACACAGAUACAGAACGGGUUCAUGGACUUUUGUUCUAUAAGCAAGAAAGUAAGCAGAUAUAAAUAAGUAUGACUAAUUAUGAACUUUGUCAUAUAAUUACAUGAAAUUAAAAUUAGGUUAUAGUACCAAUAGGGCUUGACUGGUCUGUGGAAAUUUAUGUUAACAUUUAACUUAGUGUUAAUGUUAAACUAUUCCCAUCAUCCACUCAUUUAAAGCUUUUACAAA